AUGCGUGAAAUCGUCCACAUACAAGCCGGACAGUGCGGUAACCAAAUCGGGGCGAAGUUCUGGGAGGUCAUCUGCGAUGAACACGGCAUCGAUUCUACCGGCACGUACGCCGGCGAUUCGGAUUUACAGCUCGAACGAGUGAACGUGUAUUACAACGAAGCUACCGGAGGUCGAUACGUUCCGAGAGCGGUGUUACUCGAUUUGGAACCCGGGACGAUGGACUCGGUCAGAUCCGGCCCGUACGGCCAAAUCUUUCGCCCGGAUAACUUCAUCUUCGGCCAAACCGGCGCCGGGAAUAACUGGGCGAAAGGGCACUACACGGAAGGCGCGGAAUUGAUUGAUUCUGUUUUGGACGUCGUGAGAAAAGAAGCGGAAAGUUGCGAUUGCUUGCAAGGUUUCCAGGUGUGCCACUCGUUGGGCGGCGGGACUGGUUCGGGUAUGGGGACGUUGUUGAUUUCUAAAAUUCGCGAAGAGUAUCCGGACAGAAUGAUGUUGACGUUUUCGGUCGUGCCGUCGCCGAAGGUUUCCGAUACGGUCGUUGAGCCGUAUAACGCGACGUUAUCUAUCCACCAGUUGGUUGAAAACGCCGACGAGUGCAUGGUUUUGGACAACGAGGCGUUGUACGACAUUUGCUUCAGAACGUUGAAAUUGACCAACCCAACUUUUGGCGAUUUGAACCAUUUGAUUUCCGCGGUCAUGAGUGGCAUCACGUGUUGCUUGCGAUUUCCGGGUCAAUUGAACGCGGAUUUGAGAAAGUUAGCGGUGAACUUGGUGCCGUUCCCGAGAUUGCACUUUUUUAUGGUUGGUUUCGCGCCGCUCACGUCGAGAGGGUCGCAACAAUACAGAUCGUUGUCCGUUCCGGAACUCGCCUCGCAAAUGUGGGACGCAAAGAACAUGAUGUGCGCCGCGGAUCCGAGACACGGGAGAUACCUCACCGCCUCUGCUUUAUUCCGAGGCCGCAUGUCGACCAAAGAAGUCGACGAACAACUUUUCAACGUCAAAAACAAAAACUCGUCCUACUUUGUCGAAUGGAUCCCGAACAACGUCAAAUCGUCCAUCUGCGAUAUCCCACCGAAAGGUUUGAAAAUGUCCGCCACUUUUAUCGGGAACACGACUGCGAUUCAGGAAAUGUUCAAGAGAGUUGGCGAGGACUUUUCGUCCAUGUUUAGGCGCAAAGCGUUUUUGCAUUGGUACACCGGCGAAGGCAUGGACGAGAUGGAGUUUACCGAAGCCGAAUCGAACAUGAACGAUUUGGUCAGCGAGUAUCAGCAAUACCAAGACGCGUCGGUGGAAGAGGAGGAGUACGACGAAGACGACGACGACGAACAAGCGUACUAA